AUGUUCCCGCGUCGGACUAUCCAGGACUUUGAGCCUUCGCCGCCCACCUGCAACGGGCUGGAAACUUAUCUCGAGCUCCCGACGGCAGCUGAUAUGCGAUACAACCAGGAUAACAGCAUUGGGUCUCUGACGAUAGAAGCCCCUCCUCAACAGCAGUCGGUACUGAGCGCCUUCCCUGCACCGUUACUUAACUCCCACGCCAACACGGGGUACUCCCCUGAUACCAACUCCUUCUACUCCCCAGCCUCGCACAUAUCUUUCUCUGGCAUCGAUCCCAGGUCACGCCUGGGCUCCAAUAGCACCUCCUCCACGGGCAUGGCACAUGCCCACCGUUCCGCUGCGUUACCAAACCCAGGCUAUAGUGCGAGAGAUCUCUACGCUGGGGUGAGACCCUCUUUCCCAAGAACGACGGAGCACACAACCAGAUCGCCCUCGUUCGCUGCGCCUCUUCGACGCCAUCCUCUGUCGCCAACUCCCAGUCCCAGCAUCGGUUUCACGAGCCCGGUGAGAAUGGACACCGGCCACAGCUCGUACGGGAAGGGGGCCCAAGUACCCAAUAUCCCUCCGUUGAUGCCGAUGACUACGCAUGGUACGCUGGUAUACGCGGAUGCCGGCGCACCAGGCUCCGGGACGCCCAUCAAGAUCGAUAUCCAAGGAACGAUCGACAAGGGCUUCUUCCUCUCCGAAGGGGAGUGGACAUGUUACCGACGUAACUACUUCUCGUGUAUUUGUUCCUACAGCCUCACGCCCCAUUAUCCCAACGCAUCGAUGCAAUACGUUCCCACCGGAUCGUCCACUCCAUACCAAGUCUUCGGGUUUGCCAUGUGCAUCUCGGCUGUUGUGUCCGACAGCGACUCGCAUUCGAUCGAGUUGGUCCAGCACACUCCGAAGAGGGACAAGGGACCAACGGCGAGGCCUGAAAGAGUGAGGCUUACUCCCAAACCGCCCACGCAGUCAGCACACCCUCUUGGUGUCGCUGGCAUGUAUUCGGACCAUCACGGCAUGUCUGGUGGAUCCAGGUCGAUGUACGAACCAGGGGCGUAUGGCCAGAGCUCGCAAAACUCAUUUGCGACUGAGCACACAUUCGAGAGGAUCCAGUUCAAACAAGCAACGGCGAAUAAUGGCAAGCGACGAGCAGCCCAGCAGUAUUACCACCUGAUGGUGGAACUGUUCGUGGACGUGGGAACACAGAACCCAGGAGAUCAAUUCAUGAAGAUUGCGCAACGGAAAUCGGCCAAGAUGAUUGUACGUGGGCGCUCCCCAGGUCACUAUCAGACCGAACGACGAGGCAGCACCAGCAGUGGUCCCGGGGGAUCAAGUGGGAUGGGUAGUUACGGUAGCAACCAAGUUAUUGGCGCCGACUACAGCUCCGGCUCGUCUUCCAUGCUGCCGAGUGCAUACGGAACGGGAGGGUACGAUCCUCGAUCGGGACACUACGGCACUACACGCCACAAUGACAUGCCGUUGGAACCUAUCAUCUCGGCUGAAGAAGCAAAGGCCGUUGACACCGCGAAGGAAUAUCAGUACUACCCUUCCACCAUCUACGAAGGAGCUGACACGAGACACGGAAUCGAGAUGUUUUCUCACCGCGGCGAGCAUGAACACAUGUUGAGUCCAUCGACAACUACAGUCGACACGACGAUUUCGAAGGUCAAACACGAGUACGAUGGAACACUCCCUAGCCUCUUUUAUAAUCCCGGUACGGCGUACUCCCCUCGGAGCUGCGGUCGAUUCGAGGGCAAAUACACGUCGGCCGGAUACUACCCAACACCGCUCUCACAGUCAGGGUAG